UGGGCCUUUUUGCAAGACCCCCCUCACAUGUCUCCUCCCAAAGCCACGAGUCAGCUCUUCCGUCAUCCCCCAGCAGAAUCGGUCUGGAACAAACCUGCACCCCUCACUCCUCAGAGUCCUCAGGUGUAUCGGAGGCAGCCAGGAACCUGCCUACAUCUCCCAGCAGCCUUGUCGUCAAAGAGGAGCCGUAUGAUAUCGACACAGUCUUAAUCAAGUGGGAAAUGAGUGAAGAGAGAUUCGGGGAGGAUCAGGAGAGCACAGGGAGUCCAAAUCAGGACAAGGAGAGCACAGGCAGUAAAAAAAAACUGGAGAACAGAGAGAGAAAGUCCAGCGAGACACCUCAUGCAGAUCUGGAUGGACAUCACGUCACUGAGGGAGAACACCUCAGGAAGAAGAAGAGCGUGCCAAUGUCCGAGCUGCCGGAGGAGGCUCAGAGACUGAAGAGGGCAGCCUGGAGAGCAGCUUCCAGGCGGUACUACGCCCGCAAAGUAGCCCGGCAACAGGCAAACCCCUCACGCCCCCCGGUCCCCUUCCCCCGCAUUACAGACUCUCGGUACUCGCAACCUCACAACUCUUUAGUGGAUAAGAGGAGGAGGACGCUGAUAUCAGAGUUACCUGACGACUGUCAGACGCUGCAGAGGGAGGCGUGGAGAGCCGCGUCCAGGAGGUACUAUGCUCGAAAAACCGCUCGCCACCAGACUGAGCCCACACAGUACGUACACCUGCUCCAGAACAUAGAGCCAUCUGAGGAAACACUGGGACCUAACACAGGAGGAUCCCACACCAACAGUGGAGGAAUAAUGUGCAGCUGAUAGAUAGUAGUUGAGGUUUUUAUAUUCUGCAUAUUUAAAGGUUGAUUUCAUUGUGUUAUGCUAUGUAAAACACUGGACUGCACUGAAUAUUGUUGGUUGGUUUGGCUCAGGUCUUCUGAUAUGGUUUGCAAUUAUCAAUUAUUUUCAUUAUUAUUAAUUGAUUAGUUGUUUGAUCGACAUUUCUGACAUUUUCUGGACCAGUGUUUCCCAAAGCCCAAGGUGACGUCCUCAAAUGUCUUUCAAUAUAUAUUUAUAUAUAAUAAAGAUCUUCAGUUUACUGUCAUAGGACUUACGAAACCAGAAAAUAUUCACAUUUAAGACGCAGAAAACAAUUAAUCUAUUUAAUAUUGGACCACUAAUCAAUUAAUCAUUGCAGCUGUAGUCAGAGUAGUUUGAACCUAAUGUUUUAAAUGAAAACUAAUUUGUGUUUCUUCACAAAUAUCGCUGCAAUAACAUCACUUCAGUUCUAAUUUUUCACUGAUUUUACUAUUUUCUUCAUUUCAGCCUUUUUUUGGUAUACUGCAUUGCAUGGCUGUACAAAAUGCUUACUGCAAAGAAAGACUGAAUAAAUGUAUUCUGAGGCAAUGUAAAGAUAUUGUACAGUUUUAUUCAUGUAUCAAUACAGCGCCCCUGGAGUUCAACGUGUGUAACCACAAUCAAAUUAUGACCUCAACAUCUCUGUGUAAUUGAUAAAUGAAGAAUUACCAUGUUGAUUUUUUGAUGGUAAAACUUAAAAUGUAUUUUUGUCCUUUUUUUGGAACAUGUUAAAUAAAAAAUAAAUAAAAUAAAGACAUUUAAAUACAACUGGUCUUUUUGUUUACAAUGAAUAAUGUCUGUCUAAAUGUGUCAGUUUGAUCUGUUAUUGCACCAACUACAAUUUCCUUUUUUUAAAUCAGUAAGCACUUAUAUAUUUGAGUUGAUGCUAACUUAAAGCAAA